UGAGUUUACGAUAUACUCUCAGUCUUUUACCUGGACCGUCACUUGUUUCCUUUUUAUACACACACCCACACACACGCUCAAGCUUACUCAACCACGACAGUAACCGAGACGCUGCGAGCGGGUGCACAAGGCUUUUGCAGCUCACCUCAGCACGUCAAAGCCUUGCACAGCAUCGACGACGGCAGCAGCAACACCAACUUUCACCCACAGCCAUGGACUCGAUGCGAAGCCUCAACACGUCGCUGCCCAAGACAAGGCGGCAGCCUGACGUGCACCAGUCGUUCCGUACCGCAGCCUUGAACGUGACCAAUCUGUACAAGUCCGCCCUAGCCGACCUUGACAGGGCCCGCGCAGACGGCUACCAAGAAGCCCUCGAUGACCUGCUGGCCUAUCUGGACAAGGAGAACAUUGGAGCAGCCGGUGGAGAGGGCAAUAGAAUACGGCAGUGGGCGACGGAGCGUUUGGAUGGAUCUCUGCCCAAGCAGUCGGGCAGCGAGAGCGAAGAAGAAUACCUCGAUGAUAAGCGCGCCCGCAGCUCGUCACCCAUCAUGGAGCGAAACCUCAGCCUGGACGAUCCGCACACUCUCGACCCUGUCAUGGAGACAGCAGACCGCUGCGACUCUGCGCCGCCUGUCCAGAUGGAAGCCACAACAACCGAGGCUGACUUGUCGCCCUUGCACCACGUUUUCCAGUUUUCCACGGCCCAGGCCUUCCCGUCCGAGACAACAAACGACAACAACGCCACGGAUGUAUCAGCCGCUGCUCGCCGCGCAUUCCCUAAUCCCCGAAGACCCUCAAACCGUUCGACUGGACGAAACCUGCAGCGAUCGGCGGCUCAAAAUCUGUUUCAACUCGGCACUGGCGCAGGGCAGAAGCGACGGCUCAUGAACGACUUUUUCAACGUGGACGGAUUCAACGACCGACGGGACGGCUCUUCCGGGGGACCUAAGCGAGGGCGCAUGUCCUGAGACGGCUGGCCAGGGCAGUCUGAAGAUAUGGCGUCCAAGGAGGAUUUGCGACGAGGAGAGCAAGCCAGUGGACAAAUCACGAAUCACGAGUAAUUGCAUCAUACCCCCCGACGGCGCAGUGGGCUUGUUGACGAUUGUAUGCAUUGGGUGGAGCAGGUUUU